AUGACAGCCAUACAUGCAGGCCAAACAUCCAACAUUUGGUCACAUAAAGAGUGCAAAACGGAUUUGGGACUCCACAAAACGGAUUUGGGACUCCACAAAACGGAUUUGGGACUCCACAAAACGGAUUUGGGACUCCACAAAACGGAUUUGGGACUCCACAAAACGGAUUUGGGGCUCCACAAAGUUUUGGGGGCAAACCAGGGAAGCCAGGUUACGGGAUGCCAGCUGGAUAUGGAACUGGCUUCACAGGUGUUGGUUAUCCCCAUCAAGGUCUCCCCUUGGGAGGUCAUAGAGCAAGAGGCAAGACUUCCAAAAAAGGCCUAUACAGAAUAUUCCAGAGCUAUUUUUAGCAUUCAGACUGAAAAACCUGAACCUUCAUAUGUAUUUUCUUCAACAGGACGUAUGGAUAGUGGUGGAGCUGGAGGCUUCCCAAGCAAUGGGAUGCAAAAUGGAUAUGGCAAUGGCUAUGGAGCUGGGGGCAAUGGAUUCCCUCCCGCUGGAACUCAGCCAGGUGCCCAGAUUCCAUAUGGCAGUCAGUUAGGCGGUCCAGCUGCUGCUGCUGCCUCAGCCAAGUAUGGAGGUGCUGGGCAAAAUCCAUACAGAGGACAACCACAACAACCAGAAGCUACCGGCCUGGGAAAUUAUGGUGCUGGCAGAUAUGGAGACCCCAGCCAGCUGCCAUAUGGUGCUCAACCUGCUGGUCUUGGAGUAGAUGGUAAAGCAGGACCAUUUGGUGGGCCACAAGUAGGAUAUGAACCCCAGCCUGCCAAGGCGAUAGGGUUGGAUGGCAAUGGAAAUGGACUAGGAUAUUUGAACACUAGAGACCCUCAAGCUAAUGGACUGGGGGCAGCUGGGUAUGGUCCCCUUGCUGCAGGGCAAGCUCCAGGAGGAUAUCGCAGUCUGCCAGGCCCUGGACAGCCACUAGGAGGAUAUCAUAUUAUUUUUAACUGA